AUGGCUAGAAUGAACCAUCCAGCUCCUGUGAAAGUCACAUACAAAAACAUGAGAUUUCUUAUUACACACAAUCCAACCAAUGUGACCUUAGAUAAAUUUAUAGAGGAACCUAAGAAUUAUAGAGUUACUACAAUAGUAAGAGUAUGUGAAGCAACUUAUAACAUUGCUCUUGUGGAAAAAGAAGGUCUCCAUGUUGUGGAUUGGCCUUUUGAUGAUGGUGUAACGCCAUCCAACCAGAUUGUUGAUGACUGUGGGGAAGUCAUAGGAAUUGAACACAUUAAGGAGUUAGUAGAUGACUCAGUAAAUAAUGUCAGAAAGGAUGAUCCACUGCUUUUGUCUUCAGGGAGAGUGCAGCUGGUUGUGGGAGAUGGAAGAAUGCGCUAUGCUGCUGAAGCUUCGUGUGAUGCUAUCCAUGUAGGAGCCACAGCCCCAGUUGUGCCCCAGGCACUAAUAGAUCAGUUAAAGCCUGGUGGAAGAUUGAUAUUACCGGCCAGUCCCGCAGGUGGAAACCAAAUGUUGGAGCAGUACGACAAGCUACAAGAUGGCAGCGCCAAAAUGAAGCCUCUGAUGGGGGUGAUAUACGUGCCUUUAACAGAUAAAGAAAAGCAGUGGUCCAGGGAUGAACUGUAA